AUGAAACUCUGUAUUUUUGCAGCUGUAUGUCUUGCGCUGGUCGUCCUUGCCGCUUCUAAUGAUGUACACGUUGGUCAACGAAAACCGGGAGAUGUUCUUGUUGCUUCAAGACGACUUUUCAGACUGGGAGUCCCGGGGAAGCCAAUGGUAGCGCAGUCAGGAUUCAACGCCGAUGGCACAAUCACCGCCGUAAAUGCUGUCAAUGCGCCUGGAUCCGAUGCAAAUGUAACGAUCGUCAAAGGCGGACCCGGAGAGGACCGAGUUGUGGUGGCGGCAAUUAGCGAGCCUGGAGCAGGACUCGACGUUCAGCUGGACAUUUACGCUGUCCUAGCCACACCAGCUCCGCCACCGGCCUAA